AUGAAUCGAGCUAUGCGAGGUUCAUCGCCUGUCCGCAAGCUGUCCCAGCGACCGGGCCGGUUCCUAUCCUCUCAGCCGACCGCACGUCUCUCUUCAUUCCCCGUCGGCGAAGUCGCUCGUCACCAGAAACCACUGAUUACCUCCGGACCAUCGUUUCAGUCAUCUGUGCCCGGAUCCUCUGCCUUGCGAUCAUUCCUGCGUUCACCUGUUGCAUCAUUUUCAUCAUCGGCUGUUCGCCCAGCCAGCACCAAGGUCCUACAAAACCCGCGAACCGGAGAAAAUGGAGAAACACUCAUGAUUGGUAUCUCUGAUCGAGCUGUGGAGCGUUUACGUGAAAUUACCGACCCGACAUCUUCUCCUGCUGCUACAAAGGAGGAGAAUCCUUACCACCACCUCAGAAUCACUGUCACUAGCGGUGGCUGCCAUGGUUUCCAGUACAUGAUGUCUCUCGAAUCGGCAUCCAAGAUCGACGCUGAAGAAGACACCAUCUUCGAGGGCGAAGCAGAGGGUGCAGCGGUUAGUUCUGCCGGACAAGCUAAGGUCGUUAUGGAUGAACCCUCACUGGAGUUGUUGUCUGGUAGCACUGUCGAUUACACCACCGAGUUGAUUGGAAGUCAGUUUAAGAUUGUGGACAACCCCCGUGCUACAAGCAACUGUGGCUGUGGCACGAGUUUUGAUGUGAUGAGUUAA